AAGAUGAAAAUAUAAGAAGGAGAAAGAAAGAGAGAGAAAACAAAACCACGUGAUGACAGGCACGGCUUUUGAAUGAGGUGUCCAAGAUUAUGUUGAUUAAUUAAUAUUGUUGACCUUGUUGUGAAUGCUUGUUUCUUUCUUUCCUCUUUCAUCCUAGAGAGAAACUGAGAAACCAAGUUGAAGAGAAAACAAAGAGAAACACAACACUUAGAGUUUCUCGCUCCUUCAAUGAACUCCCAACUAAAACUUCUUAGGUGACCAUGAGCAUUUUGAUUAUUGAAUUGGGGCAAUCAAUUAGAAUUCUUAAUCAUUUUCCCUUCAAGGUAUGACUCUUCGAACGCGUGUCACUUCUAGACGAAAAAUACCGAAGUUCUUCUGUCUGUUGCUUCUGUUACUUGUGCCUAUUUGUGUAUUUGGAAUUUAUGUCCAUGGCCAAAAAGUUGCCUAUUUCUUCCGACCCCUUUGGGACAACCCUCCUGCCCCCUUCACAACUAUACCUCACUUUUACGCCGAAAAUGUCUCUAUGGAUCACCUCUGCCAACUUCAUGGCUGGUCAAUUCGUUCCCAACCUCGCCGCAUAUUUGAUGCAAUUAUCUUCAGUAAUGAGUUAGACAUGUUAGAGAUUAGAUGGCAUGAACUUUAUCCAUACGUGCAUAAAUUCGUGAUCCUCGAGUCCAGUACCACGUUCACCGGCAUUCCAAAGCCUCUUUUCUUUGCCAAAAACAAAGAAAGAUUUGCAUUUGCUAAAGAGAAAGUUGUCCACGACUCGUAUCCCGGACGAAUUGCAGUCCGUGGAUCAAACGAGGACCCGUUUGUGCUCGAGUCAAAACAACGUGGAGCCAUGAAUACCUUGUUACGCCGUGCAGGGAUUUCGAAUGGCGACAUUCUUCUCAUGACAGAUACAGACGAGAUUCCAAGUCCUCAUACUUUGAAACUUCUUCAAUGGUGCGACGGGAUUCCUCCCAUAAUGCAUCUUGAACUGAGAAACUACAUGUACUCAUUCGAGUUUCCCGUAGACUACAGCAGCUGGCGGGCCAGCGCACACGUCUAUGGUCCUCGGUCAUAUUACCGGCACUCACGCCAGACUAAUGUUAUCUUAUCAGACGCGGGAUGGCAUUGUAGCUUUUGCUUUCGGGAUAUCUCAGAGUUUGUCUUCAAAAUGACGGCUUAUAGUCACGCGGACCGUGUCAAACGGAAAUCUUUCCUUAGUCAUUCAAGAAUUCAGGAACUUAUUUGCAAAGGGGAUGAUCUUUUCGAUAUGCUACCUGAAGAAUACUCGUUCCAGGAGUUGAUUAAGAAGUUGGGGCCGAUACCUCGUUCGGCUUCUGCGGUUAAUCUUCCUGCUUACUUGAUAGAAAAUGCAGAGAAAUUUAAGUUCCUUCUUCCUGGAGGUUGUUUAAGAACACCAGAAUAAGUGUUAAGUGUUUUUCAAUUGUAGUUUUUAGCUUUUAGCGCAGUAUCACGCAACUUAGAUUUUUGUUUGGUUGUAGCUUUCAGCAAAUAGAACUUAGCUUGAGAUUUUGUUAGGAAGUUAUGUACGCAGGUAUAAAUUGCAUGGAAAAUAGACAAAAAUAACAGUUUUGAUAGCUGCGAAACUCAUGCCUUAUACACUUUCAUAGAUGAAAAAUUUAUGUAAUAUGUAGUAAAGAAGUUCAAACAACACAACAACAUAAGAGACAUUUGUCCAUGAAGUGUCUGAAAUUUUUAGAAAAAAUAUUAUAAAAUAUCUCAACAUAUAUAUAAAGCAAGUGGUUUAUUUUUAAUUACAACAAUUUAAU